GGCCGUGAACGGGCGGGAACACGCCUGGACAUACAAUUUGCUGAAACCAUAGAACAGUAUAUGUAUGCGCAGUUUCGUGUACAUAGUAGCACAUUGAAUAUCAAACUCCUUCCAGGAAACACUGCAUUCUUAAUUUCGAUUUGAGAUCAUGGCUCCAUACCUGAAUGACGAAGAAACCGUCCAGCAGCCAUAUGGCGACUGGAGAGAUGAGUUCUACGAGAAGGGCUACGUAGUGCUCAAGGGUGUAGUUCCUAAGGAGCGAGCGUUGAAGUACCGCAACAAAAUGAUCGACUGGCUCGGCACAUUCCCCAACGACUUCGACAUCAACAAGCCAGAGACAUGGACCAAGGAGAACUUGCCCCAAAGUUUCAAGAACGGCAUGUACCUCAACUACUGUGCUGCACAUGAGAAAUAUGUCUGGGAGGCUAGGCAGGAACCUGGCGUUCUGGAUGCUUUCGAGAAACUCUGGAACACAAACGAGCUCAUUGUAUCUUAUGACACCAUCAACCUUACACUGCCAAACGCCUCGAAGAUGGGGGGCUCCAAGCCAUGGCCUCACGUCGAUCAGGCGCCUGAGCGACAGGGCUUGUCCUGUGUGCAAGGCAUCAUCAAUCUGUCUGAGGCUGGACCUAAAGAUGGAGGCCUGGUAGUCAUGGAAGGCAGUGCUAGGCUCUUCGACAAGUUCUUCAAGCAGCACCCACCGGACCGAACCAAGGGCCCAUUGGCAGCCCUUCAUUACGAUUUCUACCCCUUCCAAGACUCUGAUGUGAAGUGGUAUGAGGACCACGGCUGCAAAUUGGUCAAGGUCUGCGCUGAACCUGGUGACUUGAUCCUUUGGGAUUCGCGGCAGAUGCAUUACGCUGUGUACCCCGAAACGGACAACAUCCGCACAAUCAUAUACGCCUGUUAUACACCAGCGGCCAUGGCAUCCAAAGAGGAUUUGGAGAAGAAGAAAGAGAUAUUCGAGAAAUGGGAAGCAACAACACAUUGGCCGCACAUCAACAUCCAUUCGCAAGGGAAAGCCAAAGUGGAUGGUGAGGUUGAUCCUUGGGAGAGAACUGAGCCGCUUGAGAAGCCCGAGUUGACAGACAAACUACUGAAAUUGGCGGGAGUCAAGCCGUACUGAGAGCGUAAUAGCGGUGGUGUUUUGGUUUCUGUA